AAAAAAAAAAAAAAAAAAGCUUGACCUAGCGUUGGUAUUUUCACGGUGUUUUCCUGUGGUUGUAUCAGACAAAACUAAGGUUCGAUUCGCUUCGUAGCGUUCUAAUGCGACAUGGAGAAGGAAAUCGGGACUGUGGCGGUUAAACGGAGCAGCUCGGAGCAGAGGAAGCUGCGCUCCCGGGACGCGGCGCGAUGUCGGCGCAGUCAGGAAACGGAGGUGUUCUACGAGCUGGCCCGCACGCUGCCGCUGCCGCGCAAAGUCUGCACCCACCUGGACAAGGCGGGCAUCAUGAGGGUGGCACUCAGCUUCCUGCGGCUGCAGCAGCUCCUGAGACCCGAAGGAGGUGAGGAAGAUGAGAAGGAUGAAGAUCCGAUGGAUGCGUUCUACCCCGAGGCGCUGGCCGGUUUCAUCAUGGUGAUGACGGAGGAGGGCGACAUGAUCUUCCUGACAGAAAAUGUCAACAAACACAUCGGCAUCACUCAACUGGACCUGCUGGGUCAGAGUGUUUACGACUUCGUUCAUCCCUGCGAUCAGGAGGAGCUCAGAGAUCUGCUGACUCCACGUCCAGGUCUGGGGAAGAAGUUUCAGGCCGAACAGCCGAGCGAGAGAAACUUCUUCCUGCGGAUGAAGAGCACGCUGACCAGCAGGGGGCGCACCGUCAACAUCAAGUCUGCCACCUGGAAGGUGCUCCACUGCACCGGUCACGUCCGUCCGCUCGGAGGCUCGGCGUCGACCCCCGCCGCCCAGGUGAUGACGCUGCUGUGCGAGCCCAUCGCUCACCCGUCCAGCGUGGAGUUCCCUCUGGACACGUGCACGUUCCUGACCCGGCACAGCAUGGACCUGCGCUUCACGCACUGCGAGGGAAGGGUCGCAGAGCUGGUUGGAUACAAACCGGACGAUCUGAUUGGACGCUCGGCCUACGAGUUUUACCACGCGCUGGACUGUGAGCGCAUCAGGAGGAGUCUGCAGACCUUGCUCUCCAAAGGUCAGGUAAACACCAGCCACUACCGCUUCCUGGCCAACAGCGGCGGCUACGUGUGGGCGGAGACUCAGGCAACGAUCCUCUACAACAACAAGACGUCUCAGCCUGAAGCCAUCGUCUGCCUCAACUUCAUCCUCAGUGCCGUGGAGCAGCCGGACGUGGUUUUCUCCGCUGAGCAGACCCGCUGCAGCUGCCCAGCUAAGACUGAGCUCCUCUCACCGGACCACGCACCGGAGGACAGCGGCAUCUCCACCUGCGAGUCCGACGGCGAGCACGCCGCCGGUUUCAGUGAACCUGAAGACCUGGAGCUCGGCAGCCCCAUCAAGAUCUUCCUGAAGCUGGAGGAGAAUCCAGACGAGCUCCUGCAGCUGGCUCCUGACGCCGCCGAGCCGCUGGCAGCGAGUCCAGCUGAGCUGUCGUUUGCCAGUCCUCCCAGUCCUUCCUUGGUGCCAGAGGAUCCUAAAGACCUCUGCACUCCAGAGCUGAGGAAGCUCCUCUCACCCAUCUUCGACUCCAUCAGCCCCUCAUCUUCCUCCUGCCCAGAAGCAGCUCUGAGCCCAGGUAAGCAGGAGGAGGUGAUGGACACCAGCGAGGUGGAGAAGUUCUUCACGUUUUGUCCAGAAGUGGCUCAGAAGAAACCAGAAACACUGCAGGACAUGGAGGAGAUGGACCUGGAGAUGUUGGCUCCUUACAUCUCCAUGGACGAUGACUUCCAGCUGACAUUCCUCAGCGCUCUGCCCGAGGAUGCCGACAAGCCGCCGUCCUUCUCGUUUGAGAGCUCAGACAUGGCUUCUGCAGUGACCGCCAGCAGAAAACGAACUCGAGACUCUGAUGAUCAGAUUCAGGACAAGAGGCAGAAACCAGAACCGUCCUCCAUCGAAGAGGAGCUCCUCCUCAGCCAAAGACUGCUGGACUCUCUUGAGGGAGCCGACCAGUCAGACCUGAUUCUGGACCCGAAGCCAUGCAGCCAGCUGCUCACAGAUAGAGACCCGGUUCUGGGAGGCGUUCAGGGACUGUGCGACACUGCAGCUCUGAUGGACAUGUUCGCGCCUCGCACCGCCAACCUCUCACCUUUGACCUGAAACAGCUUGAGGAUGGCUCCGCCUCCAACAACAACUUAAAACGCACACUUUGAAAGAAAGUAAUAAUUAAUAAAUAAACAAUUAAAUAAAUAAAUAAAAAAACAACCAAGCCACAAACCUGUACGCACAAGACGUUGUCGUCACUCGUGCCGUCCGAUCAGACCCGGUACCGUAGCCGAGCGGGUCGGCCUUGAAUGUUUUUUUAUUUUAAGUCUCACUGCGACCUGAGCUGGGCACCGCAGACCCGUCACUCACCUGUCGUCAGUGAUUUAAUGUGAGCAAUCUGCAGGUGGUGCUAAUCCUGUUUUGUUUUUUACAUUCAUCUGAAAGAAGUCAGACGAUCCGGAACACGAUUCUUAGUGCAGCUAAAUUAAACACCAAAAAUCCAUCAAAACAAACAAUAAAUCUCACUUUUUAUUUUAUCCAAAUGACACAAAAACCAUGCGAGUACCAGUGGCAUGUUUUAGGACUUUUUAUACUCAUUUUUUACUGUUGAUGUGUUCGACUUUAAAUGUCUUUAUUCAGAAAUCCUGGUUCAGCUCUCGCUGCUUUCAUCUUCCAUGUGGGCGGGGCUUAUUUUAACACUCCCUUUAAGUUGAAGCAAUCACAGCAAAUUAAUCUCAUCAAAACAACGCAGCUUCACUUUUUAUGAUUAAAUAUAUAAUUGACUAACUUGAUGUACUUAAGCCAAUAUUAGCUUUAAAAAAAAUUAAGUAGUCGGCAUAUUAAUGCUUGUUAGAAAUGUGAUUAAACUCUAGUAUUCUACCUUUUUUUUUGCUUUGAUUUGUAACAGAUUAUACCUCAGACUGAUGAUGGGUUAGUGUUUUAAUGAAAAGAUGUGAAGCUUUUUGUUUUUACACAAACGAACCAAAUCAAGAAUAAAUACUGCCGGGUUGUUAAUUUCCCACGUGCUCAGAGCUCUGUGCCUUCUCAUCAUGCAGUGGAAAAUAAAAACAUUUGUUUAGACUGUUACCUUCACAUUAAAAAAGUUCUGUAAAUGUUUAUUUUCUCUGAACAGGGAGCGGAUUAAAUACUGUGGUUUUAUUCAAUCUUUACAGUUUGUCUUGUAUGUACUCUUGAACUAAAUAAAGUUGUAAAACUGAA